CAUUCAUGUCUAUUUAGUAAACAUUGUUAUUUAAAAGUAAAACAAAAGAUAGGCAGGAAUGUAAAGAAAAAAAAUGGAGCAUGCGCACUCUUAUAGUAGUUUCGCACAAAAUAUAAGAAGUAGCGUUGGAUAAUAAUACAGAGACGUAUCCGGCUCUAGAAGCGUUUACGAAACAAGCUCUACUCCAGAUUUUUAAAUUAACAACGAAGGAAAAAGGCAUUACUGAGAGCAUUACUGAGAGCAAUACUGAGAGCAUUACUGAGAGCAUUACUGAGAGCAUUAUUGAGAGCAUUUAGAUCAUCCUUGUAGUCGUCAUCCAUAUCAAUCUAAAGAAAUGUUCGAUUUUUUAAAGAAGUGGUUCAGAAUUUUUGCAAGUGCUGUUGUAGCCCUAUUAAAAAGAUGCAUUGGUAGUUGCGGUUCUGAGCCCGAAGACUUCGAGAAAAAUAUCGACAUAAUUACAGGAAUUUCAAAUCACUUUCCUAGUCCUGAUGUAUUUACAAACAUGUCAUUUAAAGAUGAAAGACAAGCCAAGGGCGAUUAUGUGAAACAGGAACAAUCAUGUGAUAAAAGCUAUGCAAGCUCAUUGAAAGAGGUUGAAGUUGAUUUUGAAAGCUCUGAAGCAACCUGUGUGCAAAAUCCAGGACAUGUUAACUUCAUUCCCAUCACAGAGCUGAAGACAUCCCACUUUCCUGUCAAGUUCCAAGAUCAAGACAUAUUGGAAACAGUUAAACAAUUAGGUGACGUAACAGUCAAGAUCAGUGUUUUGGUUUCAGGAAAACUCAAAACAGGAAGUGGUAAAAUUUUUUAUAUUGACAAAAAUACAGAAAAUUGUUCAUGCCCUUGUUCAGACUGUCGAAACUCAAAUAAGCCCAGAAAAACUUGGUGGGAGUUAGUGGUUGUGACAUCAACACAUGUAGUAACAAAUAAUGAAGAGGCUGAAAAUUCCAAGUGUAGGCUAUUUUAUGACAAUGAAACUAGCUCUAUGGUCAACAUAGAAGGUUUGUGGGUCACGAAAUGGUCAGAAAAUUCUGAGAUCUGUAGACUCAUUUGUGUCACUUGUGAUGAAAAUUUAGCCAACCGGCUUACACUGUUAAUUGAUAACUUCAUUGAGAUCUACGAAAGCACGUUUGAUAAAUUUUAUGAUGUAAAAAGGAAAGAAAAACUAGUCGUCAUAGUAUCACAUCCUCAUGGUGGCCCAAAGAAAGUGACUAUUGGCAAGUCAGGUGAGCAAAUAAAAGUUUCUGAUGGGAAUUGUGUGUUAGCGUACACAACAGACACAUGUCCAGGGAGUACAGGAGCAUUUUUGUACAUCUUGUAGGACAUCUCUUGGAGUCCUAGAUUGUUAAAUAGAAAUACUUGAGUCUCUACAUAAGUAGAUUCAUUUCAAAUGCAAUGUCCAGCCAAGCAUUAAUCAUGAUCAUUUAUGAUGUUUAUGAAUGCAAUUUUUAGUUUCAGUCAUAUGUUAUGUUAACUUUUUUGAAGCCUUUGCUCAAACACUUCAGUUAUCAACACAUGAUAGCAAUCAACCACAUAAACUAAACUGCGUCUGUUUAAUGGAACUUUUUUUUAUUGGCUUUUUUAUUCUCUCAAAUUUAUUUUUCAUUUAAACUCCUUUGGUUUUCCAGUGAGCAAAGUAAUAGCAACAUUGUUGUUUUUGUUAGUAUUGGGGUAAAAUUCUGUUUAAAUUAACUAUUAUCACAUAUGUACUUUUUAAAUAUGUAAAAGAUGGUACUGAGUUCUACUUCUACUUAUCACAUCUUAUGUAACUUUGUAAAUUAACUGGAACUUGUUUACUUUUUAUUUACCACAGC